GAGGACAAAAGUGAGGAAGAGCCAAGGGAACCCAGCCGGGGCCCCCGAAUGAGGACUCUCCAGAGCCAGGAGAACUCUCCAGAAGAGAGGCUGCCCACAGAGUGGAGCAGGCUGGGGGCAAUGGCCAGGCGGGCACUGAUGACUGUCCUGCUCCUAAGCCUGCUCCUUGCUGCUUCUGUGUUUCUGUUGUACACCUUCCAGAACUGUGGCCCGAGCUCCUGUGAGACACCCGAGUGCUGGGAACUCCGGGCUCUUUACCUGGCCUCUGGGAACAGCAAGGUGGACCCCUGCACCGACUUCUUCAGCUUUGCCUGCGGAAAGGCCAACGAGACCAGCGAUUCCGUCCAGGCCCUUGCUGAGGAGAACAAGAGGCGACUUUGGAGGAUACUGGAGGCCCAGGGCCCCUGGCACCCAGGUUCGGGGGAGGAGAAGGCCUUCCAAUUCUAUAAUUCCUGCAUGGACACACAUGCCAUUGAAGCCGCAGGGGCUGGUCCCCUCAGACAAGUUAUUGAGGAGCUUGGAGGCUGGUCCAUCUCCGGUAAUUGGACUUCCUUAGAGUUUAACCAAACUCUGACACUUCUCAUGAGUCAAUAUGGGCACUUCCCAUUCUUCAGAACCUACCUGGGACCUCAUCCUUCCUCUCCACACAAGCCAGUCAUCCAGAUAGACCAGCCAGAGUUUGAUGUUCCCCUCAAGCAAGAGCAGGAACAGAAGGUCUCUGCCCAGAUCUUUCGGGAGUACCUGAGUUACCUGAACCAGUUGGGAACCUUGCUCGGUGGGGACCCAAAGAAGGUGCAAGAACAUGCCUCCUUGUCUAUCUCCAUCACGUCACGCCUCUUUCAGUUUCUGAGGCCCCUGGAGCAGCGGCAGGCACAGGGAAAACUCUUCCAGACAGUCACUAUUGACCAACUCCAGGAAAUGGCCCCUGCCAUCGACUGGUUGUCCUGCUUGCAAGCAACAUUUGCACCGAUGCCCCUGAGCCCCUCCCAACCCCUCGUGGUCUACGACCUGGAGUAUUUGAAAGACAUGUCACAACUGGUGGAAGAGCUGGUGUUGACUCAGAGGGACUUUCUGCAGAGCUACAUGAUCUUGGGACUGGUGGGGACACUUUCUCCAGCCCUGGACAGUAAAUUCCAGGAUGCACGCAGAGAGCUGAGCCAGAAACUUCGAGAGCUGACAGAGCAACCACCUGUGUCUGCCCGCCCUCGAUGGAUGCAGUGCGUGGAGGAGACAGGCACCUUCUUCCAGCCCACCCUGGCGGCCUUAUAUGUUCGAGAGGCCUUUGACUGGAGGACCCGAAGUGCUGCCAUGGAAUUAUUCACGGCCAUCAGGGACACCCUGGUCACUCGCCUCAGACGGCUUCCCUGGAUGAAUAGGGAGACCCAGGAGGAGGCCCAGGACAAGGUCACCCAACUGCAGGUGGAGAUGGGGGCCCCAGAAUGGGUCCUGGAGCCAGAGCUGGCCAGACAAGAAUACAGUGAUAUACAGCUUGGACCUAGCUUCCUGCAGUCCGUCCUGAGCUGUGCCCGAUCCCUUCAAGCCAGAACUGUCCGGAGCUUCUUACAGCCUUUGCCCCACCACAGAUGGAAAAUGUCCCCCUGGGCUGUCAACGCUUACUACUCAAUACCUGACCAUGUGGUGGUCUUCCCAGCUGGACUCCUCCAGCCCCCAUUCUUCCACCCUGGCUACCCCAGAGCCGUGAACUUUGGCGCUGCUGGCAGCAUCAUGGCCCACGAGCUGUUGCACGUCUUCUACAAGCUCUUGCUCCCCGGGGGCUGCCCAGCCUGUGACACCCAUGCGCUGCAGAGGGAGCUGCAGUGCCUGGAGCGCCAUUAUGCUGCCUUCUCAUCUCAUGGCAGAAGCUCCUUCAAUGGUUCUGGCACAUUCCUGGAGAACGCAGCAGACGUGGGCGGGCUGGCCAUUGCACUGCAGGCAUACAACCAGAGGCUGUUCUGGCACUACGGGGAGACCACCCUGCCCAGCCUGGACCUGAGGCCCGAGCAGAUCUUCUUCCGAAGCUACGCCCAGGCCAUGUGCAGAGGGCACAGCUCCCAGGACUCCCAACGCACACACAGCCUUGGCCCCCUUCGAGUCCACGGGCCCCUCAGCAACACCCCAGCCUUUGCCAGAUAUUUCCGCUGUCCACGUGGAACCCUCCUGAACCCUUCCAGCCGCUGCCACCUCUGGUAA